AUGCAUCACGUUCAGUUGCCUAGAAACAUCACAAACGAUAGAUUCAGCUGGGCGCCAGGGCAGUUUUUUCCACUCUACACUGAAAUCUGCUGUACAAUACACUUCAUUGAGGAAUACGGUGUACUGAAGCAUGCUGGUUACUACAUUAUGGAUGAGCGACUGAAACAUGAGGCGGCCUGGUGUAGCACAUUCAGUUGCCUGGAAACAUCACAAACGAGAGAUUCAGCUGGGUUCCAG